UAGAGAUGGUAACACUUUAUUCUUAUCUUAGCAAUGGUGUUUUACUAAUAUACGUACAUAUAUAUGUCUAUAAAUACGUAGACACACCAAUCAUUUGAAUUAACAUGUAUAAUCUUGCAGUUAUAUUAUUCAUCAAAUAAUUAGCUAAGCAAUAAUAUUAAUGGUGCUGUACAGAGAUUUCAAGCCCAUCUCACAAUGGACAGAAGACGACCAAUCCCAUUUCCUCCUUGUUGAUCUUCCCGGUUUCAGGAAGGAGCAGCUGAAAGUUUCGAUAAACAGCAGGGGUGCCAUCACGGUUCGUGGGGACCGCCUCAUCAACGCCGACGUCUGGAGCAGGUUUUCCGAGGAAUAUGAGAUUCCCCAUAACUCGGACAUCAGUUUGACUACGGCCAAGUUCGACGUCGACAUCCUCUACAUCACAAUACCCAAAAAACCCACAGAGCAGAAAGGCUCAGAAACUACAUCUGUGAGGAGAAGUAUUAGCAGGGAAGUUUCCGCUGUUGAUCCCGACAGCGGGAGCUCGUCCCUCUGUAGCGGCUGCCGGCUUCCCGUCUUCUCCACUCCCUCUGUUUCCAUCCCCCACGGCACAGAAAACCUUUUCCUGCACGAGCAAUGCGCCCGUCCACCGCAGCAGCUGCUCCACGAGCUCCACCCCGACCACGGCCUCGUCCUCGUCGACCAGCUCCGGCUUCCGGCGCCGGACACGACCUUGGCGGCCACGUGUCACCAGUGCCGCCAGAUUUGUGGGACCAUGUUGUACCAAUGCCCUUUCAUGGGAUGUGAUUUUCAGCUUGACCUAUUGUGCGCUUUGCAGAUCAAGAUCGUGCAUAGAAGCCACCACCACAGCCUGACGGCAGUCCGAAUAAGGGACUCAGCGUCGUUAACUUGUAAUGCUUGCGACACCAAGCACGAUCAGCCAGCGGAGUCGGAGCCCGAACCGACUCUGUCCUAUUUGUGCAUCCUAUGCGGUUUCUGGGUUCAUCCAGAUUGUGCUUCAUUACCAAAUGCCAUCAUCCAUUAUGAAGACCACCCACAUUCUCUUUUUCUCACAUACAAUCUCCCUAUUUCAACUCAUUCCAAAUGUUUCAUCUGUUCUAAUGUUCCAAAGAGGAAUUCUGGGGUCUAUUUUUGUCUCAGGUGUCCUAAUUAUCUUGUUCAUAUCAGGUGCGCCCUCACGCGUCCUGAUACUUUCAAGUCAGUGUUUAUCCGAGAGGCACUAGUUACCGAUCUGGGACGUUUACCAUUGACAGAUGAACACACAAGUCUAAUUCCCUAUAUUAGACAGCAUGCUGAUGCAACUACAAAUGAUUAUUACCAGCAAAACUUGCACCCGCAUCCAUUGAUCUUCCAUAAAACCGACAGCCGCCCUCAACCUCGUCGUGUAUGCAACGCUUGUGUCCAGUUCAUUUCACCUCCCUUCUUCACCUGCUCCGAAUGUCCAGAUUUCUUCCUCCACAGCUGCUGCGCCCAUCUCCCAUCCCAAAUCCAACACCGCGUUCACGAAGAACAUCCCCUUGUGCUCACCUCAAAACCACCUGAAUCCGACAUCUCUGUCGGAUUCUCGUGCAAAGCUUGUGAUCUUCGGUGCAACGGCUUCGCCUAUUCUUGUAAAACUUGCCAAGACUUCAGCAUGGAUGUCGUCUGCGCAUUGAUAAAUCCUGCAAUAACCCAUGAAUCCCACGACAAGGCCCACAUCCUCUUCAUGUCGCGAGACACCCAUUUCAGCAAUGAUCAAACGUGCAACUGCUGCAGCUCGGUCUUAACUGGGAUUUGUUACGAGUGCAGCAUCUGUCGCAAUUUCAAGCUGCAUGUCAGGUGCGCCCUACUGCCAGAGACUGUUGGCCACGCCUUCGACGACCACCCUCUCAAGCUGACUUGUACCAACAAACCGCAAACUGAUGAUGAGUGGUGCGAAAUAUGCGAACAACAUCUUGAUAAAGGCCACUGGUUCUACAGCUGCAGCGACAGUGAUCAGUCGUUCCACGUUGAUUGCAUCCACGCCGUAGAUCGCCUUUCCAAGAUCAAGUUGGGUUCCGUUGUUCGUGUCGACCGCCACGGCUGCCCCAUCGAACUGGUUCGGUGGGAUGACGGAAUUUGUAGAGGUCGCCGCUGUGGAUUUUGCGGCGAGAUUGUUAAGUUUUCCGGCGACGGACUGGCCUAUGAGUGUCGCAAGUGCUUUUUCUGUACCCAUCAUGACUGUGGCUCAAAAAUGUUUGUUAAAGAGUUGAGGUUUUAUUGUUGUUUUUUUUAUUUUAUACCUUAUCCCAUCCAUACCAAACUCAUAUUUGAAAAUGACGAGGAUCCCAACCCGUAUGGCGGAACUGGGCCCCCCCUCCAGUCCUCGUAUCCUAAAGCUGAAUCCAUAUAUGGAGAGUCCGACGCCCUCAAUUGGCGCUACCCUCAGCCUCAGUCGUCAGCUCCAUACGCCGUGCUUGGAGGUGGAAGCCGCUCUCACCCCCAAACUCACUCCAUAUAUCAAACUGGAGUCUAUCUUCAGCCUCAAUCAACUUGGCACUCAGCUCCCUACUCUGAUCAGCCUCAGCCUCAGCCUCAAUCAACUUGGCACACAGCUCCCUACUCUGAUCAGCCUCGGCCUCAAUUAAUUUGGCACUCAUCUCUCUACUCUGAUCAGCCUCAGCCUCAAUCAACUUGGCACACAGCUCCCUACUCUGAUCAGCCUCGGCCUCAAUCAACUUGGCACUCAGCUCCCUACUCUGAUCAGCCUCAGCCUCAGCCUCAGCCUCAAUCAACUUGGCACACAGCUCCCUACUCUGAUCAGCCUCGGCCUCAAUUAACUUGGCACUCAUCUCCCUACUCUGAUCAGCCUCAGCCUCAAUCAACUUGGCACACAGCUCCCUACUCGGAUCAGCCUCGGCCUCAAUCAACUUGGCACUCAGCUCCCUACUCUGAUCAGCCUCAGCCUCAAUCAAUUUGGCACUCAGCUCCCUACUCUGAUCAGCCUCGGCCUCAAUCAACUUGGCACUCAGCUCCCUACUCUGAUCAACCUCAGCCUCCUUGGCAAUCAAGUUCCAACCCUCAGCCUCAGUUCCUUCCCCUGGACCGAGGCCGGCUGCCCACCGUUGCAGAUCAACAAGAAAUCUCCCUUGCCACUAUCAACAAUGAUGAGGAAAGAAUUCAUGAUGUCGCCCACCAAGCUAUUAACCGCCCAAAAAUCAUUCUCGAUCCUCAUAAUGCCAAAGUCAUUAGCAAAGUUGAAAGAGUUGUGGAUCCCGACGGCGAAGGCUCGUCUUUGUGCUGCGCUUGCAGGCUCCCCAUCUUCUCCACUCCCUCAAUCUCCUUCUCCCACGGCGCCGACAAGCUUUUCCUCCACGAAAAAUGCGAGUGUCUGCCGCCGCAAUGGCUCCACGAGCUUCACCCACACCAACCCCUCGUCCUGUUCAACCAGCUGCUGCACCCUCCGCCGCCUGAUGCUGCUGCCAUCACUUGCCGUAACUGCAAGGAAACCUGUGGGGCUUGGUUCUACCAUUGUCCUGACCCCGCCUGUGAUUUUCAACUCGACUUGCUGUGCGUUUUGCAGAUCAAGAUCGUACACAGAAGCCACUAUCAACACGCCAUGACGGUCAUCAGGCACAGGGAAUCCUCUUGUUUAACUUGUAGCGCCUGCGGCACCAAGCACGAGUCCUCGGAGAUGACGCUUACCAGAUCCUAUUUGUGCACCCUCUGCGGUUACUGGAUUCAUCCAGACUGUGCUUCAUUACUCAGUGCCAUCCUCCAUUCUGAAAAACACCAACAUUCUCUUUUUCUCACCUAUAAUCUCCUUACUUCCACUGAUUCCAAAUGUUCCGCUUCCACCUGUUCUGGCCUUUACAAAGGGAGUGUUGGGGUUUUUGUUUGUCUCAACUGUACUAAUUAUCUUGUUCACAUCAAUUGUGCCCUCCAGAAUUCUCAUACCUUCAAGCCAGUGUUUAUCCGAGAUGCAAAAGCUUCCGAUCUCGGUCGUUUACCAAUGGCAAAUGAGCACGCGAGUUUGAUUCCCCGUAUUACACAUGAUACCAUCCAAAGUAGCAGCGAUUAUUACGACCACAAAUUCCACGCACAUCCAUUGACCUUCCAUCAAAGUGAUGAUGGCGAUCAAUCUUGCCGCGUAUGCAAUGCGUGUGUUCAAUCUGUUUCCUCACUUCCAUUUUACAGCUGCUCUCGGUGUCCAGAUUUCUUUCUCCAUGGUUGUUGCGCCCAUCUUCCAACUGAAAUCCAACACCGCGUUCACCAACAGCAUCCUCUUAAACUCUCCCAGAAUUCCGACAUCUCUGCAGGCUUCUCCUGCAAAGGUUGUCAUCUCCGGUGCAACGGAUUCGCCUAUUCUUGCGAAAGCUGCGACGACUUCAACUUGGAUGUCGUCUGCGCCAUGAUCAAUCCAGCAAUCACCUAUGAACCUCACAGGAGCACCCACAUUCUCUUCAUGUCUCGCAACAUCCAAUUUGGCAGCGAUGAAAAGUGCAACUGCUGCAGCUCAAGCUUGAAGGGGAUCUGCUACGAGUGCAGCAUCUGCAGCAAUUUCAAGCUACAUGUCAGAUGCGCUCUGCUGCCAAGCACCAUCGGCCACGAGUUCGACCAACACCCUCUCCAGCUAACUACAAAAGAAUCAAGAGGUGCCGGUGGUGGCGAUGAGGAGUUCUGCGAGGUCUGCGAAGAACGCAUUGAGAAAGAGCUGUGCUACUACGGUUGCAGCGAAUGUAACCAGUCGUUUCACGUUGAUUGCAUUCCCUCUGUGGAUCGACUUUCCAGGAUCAAGCUGGGUGCCAACAUUCGCGUCGACGGCCAUGGCUGCCAGCUCGCCCUUGUUGGACGGGACGAUGCCGUUUGCGGCGGUCGCCGGUGCGGAUCUUGUUGGGGAGUAUUGAAUUUAUGUGAUGAUGGUCUGGCCUAUGAGUGCUCGCAGUGUUUUUUCGGGUUGCACCAAAAAUGUGCCAAAACACCAUUUGUUGAAUUGAAGAGUUAAUGUGUCAUGUGUGUGGGUAAAUAACUCCUUCAUAUAUG